AUGGGAGUUGAUGAGAAAGCAUUGAUAACAACACUGGGAAAUUCACACAAGGAUCAUCGAAAGUUGUUUAGGAAAGCAAGCAAAAGUUUCUUUGUGGAAGAUGAAGAAAGAGCUUUUGAGAAGUGCCAUGAUCAAUUUGUCAAACAUCUCAAGCUUGAGUUCUCUCGUUUCAAUAAUGCUGUGGUGAUGUGGUCGAUGCAUCCAUGGGAGAGAGACGCGAGGGUGGUGAAGAAAGCCCUGAAGAAAGGAGAUGAAUGUUACAACCUCAUCGUGGAGGUGGCAUGCACUCGCUCCUCUGAGGAUCUCUUAGGCGCACGCAAAGCUUAUCACUCACUCUUCGACCAGUCUAUGGAAGAAGACAUUGCCUCUAACAUCCACGGCUCUCACCGCAAGCUUCUUGUAGGCCUCGUGAGUGCUUAUAGAUAUGAAGGGAACAAGGUGAAGGAUGAUUCAGCCAAAUCUGACGCCAAGGUCUUGGCCGAGGCAGUGGCUACUCCAGGAGAGAAAGCCAUGGAGAAUGAUGAGGUUGUUAGGAUCCUCAGCACAAGAAGUAAACUUCAUCUCCAACAAGUCUACAAACACUUUAACCAAAUCAAAGGCUCUGAUCUUCUUGGGGGUGUAUCUGACUCUUCACUUCUCAAUGAUGCAUUACUUUGCUUGCUCAAACCCUCUGUGUACUUCAGCAAGAUUUUGAAUGCGUCUUUGAACAAAGAUGCGGACAAGGGUACGAAGAAGUGGUUGACAAGAGUGUUCGUUACGAGGGCUGAUCACAGCGAGAUGAAGGAGAUCGCAGAAGAGUAUAAUCAGCGCUAUGGUGAGACCUUAGCCCAAAAUAUUCAAGAGAAGAUUAGAGGAAACUACAGAGAUUUCUUGCUCACACUACUAUCCAAAUCGAACUGA